AUGGCCUCAUCACGUGCCCCGGUAUACUCGAGCGGCGCCCAGCCUCAACUCCAACCGGCGAUCCGUCUAGAUGCCUCGUCGCCCUUUCACCCUUGGCGUGCUGCCUCCCGUUUCACUCCCUCGUUCCUCUCGACCGACUCCUUAGAGCUCUACCACUCCCGACCGUCCCCAAUGGCUGAAUCUCCGGGCUCUCCCCUCUCCUCUAUCGCCUCCGACGACAUGUCGGAUCGCGAGACUGAAAAGCAGCCCUUCUCGCCCUCGGCGGCCAACUUACCUCCCUCCAAACGUCGCCGGACCGGCGUCGCGUCCUGGGAUCGCAAUACUCCCGUCUCAACGACCUUCCAGGAUGACAUGCCUCCGCCGUCUCCCUCGACCACCAUCUCGUCCGACACCUCGGGCGACAUCCCCAACUCUCCCGGCACCUGGGCCCUCAUCGGCGGCAGCCAGGAUGACGACUAUAGCGGUCAGGGAAACGACCAGGUCACCGUGUGUCGCUGGGAUGGAUGCGAUGUCGGGGAUUUGGGGAACAUGGAUGAUCUCGUCCAGCACAUUCAUAAUGACCAUGUCGGCAGCCGACAGAAGAAGUACUCCUGCGAAUGGUCCGAUUGCACUCGAAAGGGUCAAACGCACGCCAGCGGCUACGCACUGCGCGCCCACAUGAGAAGCCACACCAGAGAGAAGCCGUUCUAUUGUGCCCUACCAGGUGAGUCUGAGUCAAACACACAUGACUUUUUGUCUCUGAUUUCCGUUUACCCCAUUCCUUUUCCUUUUUCCCUCUUUUCCCUCCCCCAACAAAGGGAAAAGGAACCAUCUCACCUUCGAAUUAUUUGUCCGCCCUCCUCGAUCAAAGAGAUGGCGCAACUAACCUGUCCGAUCCUCUUCACAGAAUGCGACCGCAGCUUCACCCGGUCCGAUGCCCUCGCCAAACACAUGAGAACCGUCCAUGAGACCGAGGCCCUCCGCCCGUCUGAUCCGGUCCCCAAGCACCACAACGUCCCCGCGUCCGCGGCCGGCACCCCUGCCGGAACGCCAGCCAGCAAGCUCCAACGCAUCAAACUCAAGCUAUCGCAACUCCCGAAGGAAGACCCAGACCGAUACAGCGAAAGCGCCGCAGACGAGACGGCAAACACAGACCUCGACGAGCUCGAGGACCCCGAGUUGAGCCCCGACCUGGGCUUCGACGAGCACGAGCUCGCGCUGCCCCCGACGCAACUGUAUCGCGUCCUGCGGCGACAGAUCCACUGGGCCGAGAAAGAAGGCGUCAAGCUACGGGCCGAGUGGGAACGGAUCCAACCGAAGCGCAAGCAGGCGUGGUUGGAGAAAGACGCCGUCUUUGACGAUGUCAUCGAUGCUCAGCUCCGACUGUUCACAGCCCUGGUGGGCAGCGAUAACGGGCCUGUCGCAUCCUCCGCCGCGGUCACGAAUGGUGCCGAAAAGGUCCAGAAACCGUCAGAUACCGCAGAGAAGGAGGCACCGUCUCAUAAUGCGGACGCGAGUUCAGUUCCUCCGUGA